UGAGCGCCUGAUUGUUGCGCAUCUCCUCUUGAACUUCUCAGAGCCCGACAGGCUCCUCCCUGUCACAAAUCAAGAUGUGAUAACAUUUAAGAAUAGGACACAGAGAGCUUGAAAACAGAUUUCAGCGGGGAGCUCUCAUGAUCAAAGAGAUGAACCUGGAUGACGACAGUGGCCUGCCAGUCAGCUGUGGCAAUGGCAAACUUAGACAGUGGCUGAUUGAUCAGAUUGACAGCAGGAGAUAUCCCGGCCUGGUUUGGGAAAAUGAUGAAAAGUCCAUCUUUAGGAUUCCUUGGAAGCAUGCAGGAAAACAAGACUAUAACAGAGAUGAGGAUGCUGCACUGUUCAAGGCAUGGGCAUUGUUUAAGGGAAAAUAUAAGGAAGGAGUUGACAAGCCGGAUCCCCCCACGUGGAAAACCAGAUUACGCUGUGCUCUUAAUAAAAGCAAUGACUUUGAUGAGUUAGUGGAAAGAAGCCAACUGGACAUCUCAGAGCCCUAUAAAGUCUACAGAAUCAUUCCAGAGGAAGCCAAAAAAGGAAUGAAGAUGAGCAGUAUGGAGGAGACACCAUCACAUGCCCUUGGCUAUAUUCCUCCAUAUACGUCUCUGCACACCCAGGUACCUGGCUAUAUGGUUUCUCAGGAGAGAAGGGACUGGAGGGAAUACUCACCACCAGAACAACAGCCUCUUCCUCCUCCACAUCACCAUGCAGAGGUGCAGUAUGGUCAGUGCCACUACCCAACGGCAUUCAGCCGGACAUGGCCUGGGUCACACGCAGAAAAUGGUUUUCAGCUCUCCUUUCAUACCUACUUGUCAGAGUCCCAACCGCCUGCGUAUGCAAUGGACCACAACAAUGCCAUAACAGAUUUCAGCCUGCAUGUGUCCCUAUACUACAGAGAGUCUUUGGUAAAAGAGGUUACAAUCACUAGCCCAGAAGGUUGCCGGAUCACCUCUUCUUCGUCCUCCUCUCCAUCCUCUUCCUCCUCUUCUUCCCCGUGCCCAGAGGACAAGUUUCACAGCGGUGCAGAAGUUAUCCUUUUUCCAUUCCCGUACCCUGAGUCUCACAGGCAGGGUGCUGAGAUGCUUCCUAAUGUGCUGGAGAGAGGGGUGCUUCUGUGGCUGACACCUGACGGCUUAUAUGCUAAGCGCCUCUGCCAGGGACGAGUGUACUGGGAAGGACCUCUGGCUCCAUAUAUGGACAAACCCAACAAGCUGGAGAAGGAGCAGCCAUGCAAACUGUUUGACACCCAGCAAUUCCUUAUUGAGCUUCAAGAUUUUGCGCAUAAUGGCCGACAUUUACCGAGACACCAGGUGGUGCUAUGUUUUGGAGACGAGUACCCUGACCCGCAGAGGCCGAGGAAGAUGAUCACAGCACAGGUGGAGCCAGUGUUUGCCAGAAAACUGCUGUACUAUUACCAGCAGAACAAUGGCCACUACCUGCGAGCUUAUGAUCACAUCCAGGAACAGAACACAUCUCCAACAAUUGACUAUCCUUCCCAGAGACCUCUACAGCACAUUCAGGAGUGACAAGCAUGCACAAACACACGUGCAGAGGGCAUGAAUGUGAAUGGAAGCCACUGCCCAUUUAUCACGCGUGUGACUGCAGUGCUGUGUACUGUAAAUGUUAGAAGCUGUCAUGGUAUUGAGGGGUAGAGAUGGGGAAGACCCUGUUGUUUUCACUUGCACACCUAUGUACCGUAGUCUUUGUGUCUGUGACUGUGGAGUAAUGUUUUUUUUUUCUCAAGUAUUAUUGUGACUGUGUGAAGGAUGCGGUUUGAGGGUGGGGGGAUGAGGGGAGUGGAGGGCGACUGAGACAGGAAGUACUAGCACAGGUGCACAGGAAGAAUGGCCCCUAUAACAAACACUGAUAUGUUAAAGGGAUAAAACCGAGUAUGAAUGAACACUUGCAUUUUCACAGGUAACAGUUAGCAAAGUGAUUGUUGCACUUGCACUCUGAAGUGCCGCUCAAGACAAUCACAGAUGUUGCCUUUUAAAGUCCUUCUGUGAUUAAAACUUUUAUUACCCACAGUAUUUGAUGUGCAAAAUAAAAAGCAUUUGCUUAGAUGCGUAAGUGAACAGUCAACAAUGUCACUGCUUUGCCCAUUGUAGACCUCAUUACUAAAAAAAAGUGUGAGAAACAGCUAAAUUUAUUUAUGCUGGUUGUUUGAGUUAGGUUGUUUUUGACUGGAAGAUGUGUGAAACAUGUGGCUUCUGUGCUUGCCUGAUCUACUGCACUACUGGGUCUAACAAAUUAAUGUUAUGGGAUCUUUCAUACAUUCUCCUGUCUUGCUUUUGUUCCAGAUUAGACAUCCAUAAAAAAACAAAAGUACCCUGAUCCCUGCGAAGUGGCGUAAUGCUCACCCAAGACAAUCACAGACAUUGUCUUUUAAAGUCCUUCUGUGAUUAAAACAUUUAUUACCUAAAAAUAAAAACAUUCGCUUAGAUGAGAAAGUGAGCGGUCAACAAUGUCAUUGCUUCAGCCCUUGUAGACCUUAGUUCAGGGUUUCAUUGCAAAAAAGAAAACGUGAGAGAAACUGAUGUUAUCACUGGUCUGGUGGGUAGGUUAGGCUGUAAUCACACAUUGUUUACCUCUGGGCUGCUACAUGUGUUGCAUGUGUAUUUCUACUGAAUCUGGUCAUCUAAAUUACUUUUAACUACAUCAAACUGAUGAAACAAAAAUCAUAAAGAGCGGUUUGUAGGUGCAGGUAAUCAAGAUAAAUGAACAACUUUGCUUACGGUGGAUGGAGACUAAACCCCAUACGCCCACUUUAUAUGUCAAAUGCCAUUUACUGUGCUAUUCUACGCUGACAGUUAUUGACUGGUUAAAAAUUAUUGUUUACAGAAGAUUUUCAAACAACAGGGGUUGCCAGUCACAAGAUAAUCUACAAAGUCACCAAAUGAAUACAGAUAUAGUAAUUUAUUUUUUUUAAAUUUGCUGCAUAAAAUAAUGUUUAUUCAUUUCCUAUAAUCAUUGCUUUUUUUGCUUUGUUUUGUGAAAUACUGUAUAGUUUUAUUUUUUCAAGUCACUAAAAAUCAUACAAAUGAUUUGAAAACCCAUUUUUUGAUUGAACUUCUCAAAACUUAUAGACAACAAACUUGUUAUCAAGGUUAGCAAAUAUAUUUUUAUUUAUAGUUUAUUGUAGUAGGGACCGAUACAGAUUGCACUGAUAAACUGAAAAAAAAGCAGUCCAAUGUGUGAAUCAUAGUGUUUUUUACCAGGUGCUAAUUUGCAACACCCGUCCCUAGAAGGGCUUUUACAAAAAUAAAACAUUAAAACUUAGACAUGGCUUCGUAUUACAGUAAGGGCUUACAAGCUAAAAGGGUUUGGGGACCACUGGCCUACAUUACACUGUCAGAGAGCAGCUUGGACCUCAAAUUCUGUAUCACUUGAAAGAGUGGCCUUGACCUGUCUGGACUGAAGGAGGCUGACUGGAAAAAUCACACUCAUCCCGUAACUUGCAAGGGAACUGUACCUGUUCCUCUUGACCUGAAACUAGCGGCCUCACAAAUGGGAAUUAAAACUACCUUUGUGGUCUGCGUACAAGUUCAGCCAUGGAGGAGGUCCAUGGUUCCCAUGCCUGAGAUGCUGUGGAGGGUCACACGCUGGAUGUAAUGUCUACAUAAAAGCUAUCCUAAGAUCCCAACAACCUACUUUGGAAUGUGUAUAUAUCAAAAGACAUAAAAAUCCAACAUUGAGAAUAAUGGAAUUCUUCAUGCUGUUGAAGUCCCAACGGCUGAUGCUGCAAUAGAUGGGGAUAAAGGUUUUGUUAUGUUUUUCUUCUGUGGUCCAGAGUUUCGAUCUCUGCAUUUACUUCCUUCACACUUAAACCACAUCACUUUCACAAUGGCUUCAAAAGUCUGACCAAAAUCACAGGCAGGAAUGUUUUUCUUUUUUUUCCUCUUUUUUAGGUGUGUGUGUUCGUGUGUGUGUGUCUGAGCCAUAAAUCACUUUACCCUUUUAACAUCUGGUCAGUUGCCCUGAUUCUGGGCUAGGGGAAAAUUCUGUUUCACAUUACUUCACAGUCAGACAUUUUCACUCAUUCAAAAUUAAAUCCUAAUAGUGAAAACGUUACCAGCUCCACAUACAGUGUGCUGUUGUGGUAAACACUGUGUAUGUGUGUCUGUGUAGCAAAGGACCAUGUGUGUUCAUGUGUGUGGGUGGGUACACAGUUGCACUAUUACUGUUAUCAGGAAUUGACAUUUAUGGACUCAGGAUAAAACAUGUGACUCCCCCACCUACAACAUUAGUGACUCAAACACACCCAUUUCACAUCACACUUUAUGGUUACAGUAAAACAUUAAGAGCAAGCCACAGAGGAAAUCACAAAAUAGGUGUGCAUACUGAAAAAGAAAAAAAAAUGUUCUAGCAUUUUGUACAAAAUAUCUGAAUAUGACUUAUUGAUUAUAUGAUUAUAAGGAUGAUUAAUAUAAAAUUUCCAUAUGAAUAAAUGAUUUAUUUUCAAAUAAAGUUAUCAAUCUUUUGCUA